AUGGAAAUCGAAGAGCCUACCGACAGGCGCGGCAAAGUCCGCGUCGCCGCCAUCAUGUUGGCACUAUCGCUGUCCAUGUUCAUUGCAGCAUUGGAUCAAACCAUCAUGGCCACGGCCAUUCCCUCCAUCGCCGCGUACUUCCAUUCCGCGGCUGGAUAUACGUGGAUUGGAGGUGCAUACCUGCUUGCGAACGCGGCCAGCGCUUGUAUUUGGGCCAAGCUUUCCGAUAUCUGGGGCCGCAAGCCGAUUCUGCUCUUGGCGGUCGCGUGGUUCUUUCUCAGUUCCAUUGUGUGUGCCACUGCUACGAGCAUGGAGGCUUUGAUUAUUGGUCGCUCGUUCCAGGGUGUUGCUGGUGGUGGCUUGCUGCAGCUUGUGACGAUUAUCAUUUCCGACUUGUUCAGUGUUAGACAUCGUAGCCUCUACCUCGGUCUCAUGGAGGUGAUGUGGGCUUUUGCUGGUGGUGUGGGUCCGCUUCUGGGAGGUGCGUUCUCGCAGUACGUGACUUGGAGAUGGACCUUCUGGAUCAAUUUGCCAAUUUCUGGAAUCACAUUCGUGCUCCUGGUCUUCUUUUUGGAUGUGCACAACCCGAAGACGAAGAUCAUGGAUGGAUUCCGCGCCAUCGAUUGGUUUGGAAGUGCCUCUGUGCUGGGUCUCACUCUCAUGUUGCUCCUUGGGUUGGACUUUGGAGGUGAGACAUUCGCCUGGAAGUCUCCCCAGGUCAUUUGUCUCAUUGUCUUCGGUGCACUUUGUUCGCUGCUGUUCGUGUACAGCGAGAAGAAGCUGGCAAAAUACCCGCUGAUGCCCCUGGAUAUCUUUGCUCGAUUCUCCAACAUCGCAACUUUGCUCGUGGCAUUUGCGCAUGGAUUUGUUUUCAUCGCCGGUGAGUACUACAUGCCGCUCUACCUGCAAUCAGUCAAAGGCUCCUCCCCGAUGCGCUCGGGUGUCUUGAUCCUGCCACUCGUCGUGAUGGAAGCGUUCUCCGGAAUGUUGACCGGAGCAAUCAUCCACCGCACAGGUCGCUACCUCGAGCUUAUCUGGGGAGGUCUCAUCCUGAUGACCAUUGGCAAUGGCCUAUAUAUCAACCUUGACGUGGACUCUUCAAUCGGUGAAAUUGUCGGCUACCAGAUCCUCAGCGGUCUAGGUGCCGGGUUCCUCUUCCAGACACCGAUCAUCGCCAUCCAGGCAACAGUUUCACAGCAAGACACUGCUACUGCUACUGCCACACUCGGCUUCAUCCGAAAUAUGGCAACUGCAUUCUCGAUCGUUAUUGGUGGAGUCGUGUUCCAGAACAGCAUGGGCGAAAAGCAAGGCAGUCUGUUGGCGUCGGGGAUGUCGGCAAGUCUGGCCGCUCAGAUGUCUGGGGACUCGGCUGCUGCAAGCAUUGAGUCUAUCAAGGAUAUCACUGACCCUGCACAACUGGCUGCUGUGCGAGAGGCAUUUGCUUGGAGUUUGAGGAACAUGUGGAUUCUUUACACUUGCAUGUCUGCUGUUGGGAUUCUGUUCUCGGCAUUCAUCUUGAAGUCCAAGCUCAACAAGGAGCACGUGGAGACAAAGACAGGGCUGAACCAUGAGAAGACGCCUGUUUCGGAGGAAUUGCGAACCCUAUAA